UUGUGCUGCCCAUUAUGUUAUAAACCACAGGAGAAGGCAAAUUCUUCAGCAGGAUAGCGCUGCUUCUCAUACUUCAGCUUCCACAUCAAAGACUAUAAGGUAUCAUCAUUGUAAUAUAAUACAAACAAAUGUUAAUGUUUGAUAAUAUUAAAAAAUUAUGAAAUAUUUGACUGAUUUUUAAAAAUGUAAUGGAUAUGCUCCAUCUCCCUUAUGUGAGUUUGUGACACAUUAGAGUAAUAAUGGUAGAGCAACCAAUCUAUUACUAGAGGAGACUACUGUGCAGUUUAGACGUACUUCUCAGUUAGAGCCAGUCAUUUCUGGAACACACUUCCUAUUGGUUUAAGGGGUCUUACAAAUUAUUCCACAUUUAAAUACAAGUUAAAAGCCAAUCAAGUUAAUAAUCGUGUAAUUUUUUUUUUUUUUUUUUAGCUUUUUUUUAUGAAAUUCUUAUUAUGUUUUGUCAUUUUGAUGUAUGUAACUUUACUGUAAUUGUAUGUGUAAAUGGGUUUUUUGAUUUUAGGUUGCCUUUUUAAAAUCUGUCAACAGAUGAAAUGAGUCUUUGUGUCUUAUUUACAGUUUUACUGCUAAUGAGCAUUGUCCCUGUCAAAUAAAUAUUUUCAAAUUACACUUGAAACUCUUUUUAUCAUACUACGGUUUUAGGACGCAGCAAAAAGACUUGUUUUGUAGGAAGAUUGAAAAAACGUCGGUCUACGUAAUUGUAAACUAGUAAUUUCAUGGCGUCGUCGAUCGACAGAUGGACUUUAUUUCGCUGAAUCAAGGCUCACCUUUGACCAGAAAGGGAACAUGAAAGUCUUAUUUUCUCUCUUUUUGCUACUGUUCUUAACGUUACACGAGAAUGGUGUGUCUGGUGUUGGUAAAGAUGAUGUGUCUGUGAGCAGAGGAGAUUCAGUCACUCUACACACUGGUGUUAAAACCAACCAACAAUACAUAAUUGUGUGGUUGUAUGAAGGCAUUCGUAUCGCUGUAAUCAGAGGAGACCUCAGUUAUAUCUGUACAGAUGUUCAAUGCAAUAAUGGCACUGAGAGAUUCAGAGACAGACUGAAGCUGGAUCAUCUGACUGGAUCUCUGACCGUCAUGAACACCAGACUCAGAGAUGCUGGAGAAUAUCAGCUACUGAUCAGCAGCAGCAAAAGCAUCAAUGAAAUGAUCUUCAGAGUUGUUGUUAAAGAUGUCUAUUGGGUUGAUGAAGACGAUAAUGAUGAAGAGUCAGUAUCAGUGAUUGAGGGAGAUUCAGUCACUCUACACACCGGUGUUAAAACAGACCAACAGGACAGAAUUGUGUGGUUUAAUGAAGGCAGUCGUGUCGCUGUAAUCAGCGGAGAUCUCAAUGUUAUCUGCACUGACGUUCAGUGUGAUAACAGCACUACGAGAUUCAAAAACAGACUGAAUCUGGAUCAUCAGACUGGAUCUCUGACCAUCAUGAACAGCAGAAACACAGAUGCUGGAGAAUAUCAGCUACUGAUCUUUAGCAGCUUCCGCUUGAGUAAAAAGAUCUUCAGAGUUGUUGUUCAUGAUGUCCAUUGGGUUCAAGAAGUGAAAGUGGAAGUGUCCGUGACGGAUGGAUAUUCAGUCACUCUAAACACUGACACUACAACAAAGCAGCUCCACAAAAUUAAAUGGUAUUUCAAUAACAUUUGUGUUGCUCAGAUCAGAGGAGAUCUCAGUUACAUCUGCACAGAUGUUCAGUGCGAUGAAGGCGCUGAGAGAUUCGGAGACCGACUGAAGCUGGAUCAUCAAACUGGAUCUCUGACCAUCAUGAACAUCAGAAACAGAGAUAGAGGAGAAUAUAAACUGGAGAUCAUCAGCAACAGAGGCAGCAGAAGAAAGAUCUUCAGAGUUCUUGUUGAUGAUUCUGGGCCGUUUUCAGCUGCUGUACCAAGACUAUAUGAAAUUGUUGCUAUUGCUGCUGCUGUUCUGCUUCUUGCUGCUGCAGUUUCUGGUGUAAUUUGCUGCUACAAGAGCAAAGCAAAUGGUAAAAUCAGACUCCAGGAGGCAGCGGAGUGAUCAGGCAAAAGGUGUUGAAGACUGUCCUGAUCAGAAUGACACUCUAUUGAUGAAAACUAUUAGCAACUCGUCCACCAAUCAGACUGAAGCUGCCAUCGAGACGCCAACGUAACACUGGUUUAUUGUUUAACUUUCAUUGAACAAGAAGAUGGGCAACUAGAAGGAACUCAUUUCUGGUGACCUAAGUGUUAGCCAGUUCUGACUGAUUUUUAGUUUAUAUAUUUUUAUAUAUCUUAAAGGUGCAGUAGGUGGUCUGGGAAAAUCCUAACUUUAACCUGAUAGCAUUGAAAAUGCAUGUCAUUCACUGCAUGAAAAUUGCUGUUCAAAGCCACGCUUUCAUAGCUUUAAGUCAUGAACGUGUACUAAAUGGACGACCACAAGCAACAUUACAGCACUACAUCGUGUGUUAUUCACCAGUGAGAAAUCUUUACAAUAGGGUUGACAUGAUACUGGAAUUCGGUACCAAUCGAUACUGAAAUUGUAAAAACCUCAGUGUACCGCAAACAUUAAAGCGCAGCAGAAAUGAAUGUGAUUGGUCAUGAAGGUCAUCAGUUCACCGAACUCACAUCUGUUUCAUCUCCUAAAUAUUUAUUAAUAGACUGCUCUAAUGAGGGUUUCAAAAUGGGUUGGAUCAUUUCUUGAAUGCUGACCCUAAUUUGUUAUGCUUUUAUAUCCCUAAAUUGAUCUUUGCAAAGUGUGGAGGUCUAAAAUUAUUAUUAGCCUGUGAUUUUUGGUUGAAAAAAACAAACAAACUCCCAAUUGUUUCUCAUAUAAAGAUUGGAAGCCUGUAAGCUUGA